GUGUAGAAACCCAGGCUUCGUGAGAGCGAACGAGCACACUCGGCUCACGCCUUCGAGUCGGCUCCCCCGGCCCGGUGUCCGCCACAGCCACACCACCCGCCGAGGAAAAAACGUUUGAGAAAUGUGUCACCCGUGUGCGGAGGUGGCGAGAGACACCAGCUUUAAUAAAACAGAUAAACCAUCAUGAUUCCCAUCACAGAGCUCCGGUACUUUGCUGACACCCAGCCAGCAUACCGUAUCCUGAAACCAUGGUGGGACGUUUUCACCGACUACAUCUCAGUCGUCAUGCUGAUGAUUGCGGUGUUCGGUGGUACGUUGCAGGUCACACAGGACAAGAUGAUCUGCCUGCCUUGCAAGUGGGUGGUCAACAAGUCAUGCGAGACCAUGCCCUUCCCAAAUGUGAGCACCACCAAUGCACCAGAACCCAAAGGCAUCCAGUAUGACCUCGACCGUCAUCAGUAUAACUAUGUCGAUGCUGUCUGCUAUGAGAACAAACUACACUGGUUUGCCAAAUAUUUCCCCUAUCUGGUGCUACUCCACACCCUUAUCUUUCUGGCCUGCAGCAACUUCUGGUUCAAGUUCCCCCGCACAAGCUCUAAACUGGAGCACUUUGUCUCCAUCCUCCUCAAGUGCUUUGACUCUCCAUGGACAACAAGGGCUUUGUCUGAGACCGUGGUGGAAGAGAGCGACCCCAAACCUGUGGGAAAAAUGAACGGGUCAAUGGAUAAGAAGGCCUCAUGUGUGAGCGAGGACGUCGAGGCUAGCGUGCCCAUGCUUCAACGAACAAAGUCCAGAAUUGAACAAGGAAUUGUAGAUCGCUCUGAAACUGGGGUUUUAGACAAAAAAGAAGGGGAGCAGGCCAAGGCUCUUUUUGAGAAGGUGAAGAAGUUCAGGAUCCAUGUAGAGGAGGGCGAUAUAGUGUACCGUCUUUACAUACGUCAGACCAUCAUCAAAGUAAUCAAGUUUAUACUGAUCAUUUGCUACACAGCCUAUUAUGUACGCAACAUCAGGUUCAGUGUAGUGUGCUCUGUGGACAUUCAGAAUCUAACAGGGUACAGCACGUUCUCUUGUGCCCAUCCAUUAGCAACUCUUUUCAAGAUUUUGGCCUGUUUCUACAUCAGCUUGGUGGUGGUUUAUGGUCUCAUCUGCAUGUACACUCUUUGUUGGAUGGUCAGCCGCUCUCUCAAACGCUACUCCUUCGAAUCUAUUCGCGAAGAAAGCAGCUAUAGUGACAUCCCUGACUUGAAGAACGACUUUGCCUUCAUGCUACACAUGAUAGAUCAGUAUGACCCUCUCUACUCCAAGCGCUUUGCGGUCUUCCUGUCAGAGGUGAGCGAGAACAAGCUGAGGCAGCUGAACCUGAACAAUGAGUGGACGUUAGAGAAGCUGAGGCAGCGCAUCACCAAGAACUCCCAGGAGAAGCUGGAGUUGCAUCUGUUCAUGCUCAGUGGGAUCCCAGACACAGUGUUUGAUCUGAUUGAGCUGGAAGUGCUCAAGCUGGAGCUUAUCCCUGAUGUAACUAUCCCACCGAUCAUCGCCCAGCUCUCCAACCUGAGGGAGAUGUGGCUCUAUCACACACCAGCUAAAAUUGAGGCCCCAGCUCUUGCUUUCCUGAGAGAGAACCUAAAGUCUCUUCACAUCAAGUUCACAGACAUCAAGGAGAUUCCGCUGUGGAUCUACAGCCUGAAGAACCUCAGUGAGCUGCACUUAACCGGGAACCUGAGUGCUGAGAACAAUCGGUACAUCGUCAUCGAUGGGCUUCGGGAGCUCAAAAGGCUUAAAGUGCUACGUCUGAAAAGCAAUCUGACUAAGCUGCCACAGGUGGUGACAGAUGUGGGCGUGCACCUCCAGAAGCUCUCCAUAAAUAACGAAGGCACCAAGCUGAUGGUGCUCAACAGCCUGAAGAAAAUGGUCAAUCUGACAGAGCUUGAGCUUGUUCGCUGCGAUCUCGAACGCAUUCCACACUCCAUCUUUAGUUUGCACAACCUGCAGGAGAUUGACCUGAAGGACAACAAUCUGAAGACAAUAGAGGAGAUCAUUAGUUUCCAGCACUUGCACCGGCUUGUGUGCCUGAAGCUGUGGUACAACCAGAUCGCCUACAUCCCCAUACAGAUCGGAACACUUACCAAUAUGGAGAGGCUGUAUCUCAACAGGAACAAGAUAGAGAAAAUCCCCAGCCAGCUUUUCUUCUGCCGCAAGCUGCGCUUCUUAGACCUGAGUCACAACAACCUGACCAGCAUCCAUGCUGAUGUAGGCUUCCUUCAGAACCUGCAGUACUUCGCUGUGACAGCAAACAGGAUUGAGACUUUGCCCCCAGAGCUGUUCAAGUGCAAGAAGCUGCGUACGCUGAAUCUGGGAAACAACUGCCUGCAGACGCUGCCGUCACGCUUCGGAGAACUCACCGGGCUGACCCAGCUGGAGUUGAGAGGGAACCGUCUUGAGUGUCUCCCAGUGGAGCUUGGUGAGUGUCGGCUGUUGAAGAGGAGCGGUUUGGUGGUGGAGGAGGACCUGUUCAACACGCUGCCAUCGGAAGUCAAAGAGCAGCUUUGGAGGGCCGAUAAGGAGCAAGCUUGAGCCUAAGCUCAGUGGAGAGCUGCAGAGGAGAGAAGUUUGAUUGGAGAAAUAAACGAGCAGUGAUUUUGUUUAUAAAGGCAGGCAAACAUUGAGAGGUUUGCAGGAGUGAUGGCCAUGCCAGUUCAAAAAAAGUGACACCCUAUUGUUUGGUUGGUGCUUGGGGCGUCCCUGGCUGGAUCUAUGAAUGGCACGGAUGUAAAAUUUCAAGACCUCCAGGGAUGUCUUUUUGGAAAUCACUAGUAUCAUGUUCGCCAAGGAAAAUUCUCAUGACUAAGCUUGGUGAUUAAAGGUGGUGCAGUAAUGUGGCUUUUCUGUAAUCAUGAAUAUAAAAGCAAGGAAGCAAGCAGGUGAUGUCGAAUAUGCAUGUGACAGUAGGACCUUGCUGAAGCAGACCUGUUUAUUAGAGAGAACCAAAAAAAAUAAAUCAAGAAAAACUUUGCACGAUUCAGCCUUGCCGGUGGGCUAAAACUAUCACUUCUUUGCUGAUCAUGUGAUACAUGCACAAAUUGAACAUGCUCAAAGCAGUGUUUGCCUGACCUUCCUCUGGCCUUGAGACUCAAAAUUUUACUUUUGAAAUUUUUAUAGUUACAUUUGCAGUUGCGCUGCAGUGUGGCUCAGAAUACUGACAGAUGUUGGUGAAUAAAUUAUAGUGCCACUGACAGCCAAUUUGUUGAGGCAUGAAAGUUUGGUCCUGUGGUUUUCUCCAGUGUUCGGAGACAUCUUUUUAUGUGAACAAAAUGACUCUGUGAUGAACAUCAACAGAUCAUCCCACAGCUGAUCUCACAGCUUAGGCCUUAACUCAGAGGACUGAUGAAACGGCAUCAGUGACAAGCUGUCAAAUAUUCAGCAGGAACAAAUGGUAACAAACUCUACAGUACAAUGUCUAAAUACCCUCCAGUUGUUAAUUUAUAACGUCUGCCUGUGCGGCAGCAUUUCUUGGCUUUGUGGGAGCUGUAAUGGAGAAAUGCACCAUGUGAAACAGGCGUUACCUUAUUUUGCAUGACUAAACAUAAUUUACAUUACUGGUGUGUCUUGUUAUCGGUUGUGUGAUUUGGCCACUUGAACAAGGUACAGAAUUUAGCUUGACUUCAGACGUUACCAUACAUUGGUAUCAUGUUUGAGCCUGUGAAACUUUGAUUCAACAUUCAAACAAUGUGAUCAAAAUCCAGUGAGUGAGUGAAAGCCAGGAAUCCAGCCAUUUAUUUGUUGUUUUGUUUGAAUUUAUUUUAAGCGUCUUAUGGAACAUAUAUCUGUAGUCGAAGAUCUUAAGUGACCUUUGGUCGAUUGAAGGCUAAUACAUGUUGCUUCAUUGACUGGAUAGUAAUUACACAAGGUGUUUGCGCUUCCCGUAUUAAAGCUACAGGCUCACAAACAUUCAGAAAACUCCCUGUCAGAGUUGAUUUCUUUGUCUGUAUUAAAUUUAAACACAUGCAAGCUUACACAGUGCUAAUCUCACAACCAUUAGAUGACCAAUGAAACAAACCAGAAUCAAGGUACUUUUUUUAAUGAUCAGUAUGAUUUUGAAUUAUGAGCUCUUAGAUUGAUUAUUACCUCUAUGGCACCUCCAAGUGGAUGAACUCCUGCAGAUAGGAGAGUCUUAACUAGCUGCAAGGUACUGCCAGUCUCCAAAAGCAAAGUGUUGGUGACUCAGUUGCACAGCUGUUUGUAUACUAGCCCUUCUAUUUAUCAUGCUCAGUUUACUCCAGGGGAAACUGGACAUUCGUCAGUGCUUUGUUUAUCCGAAAAUAAGGACAAACAGGAAAUUACAGAGCGAAGGAAACUGGUUUUGACCGACCUACACAAGGGAAACAUUUAUUCGCAGAGAGAGUAUGCAGAAUAUGUGAUUUCCACAUCCAUGGUCCAAAUUAGUGCAACAUGCUUUGUCUGCUUGAAACACUUUUCUUGUUAAGACCUUGGAUUUAAUAGCAUCAUUUGGAGUAACCCUGCUAUGUUUACUCCAGCCAGGCAUCUUGUUGCUAAUAUAUGGCCUUAUCUUUUACAAGCUGUAUGCCCUGUUAAUGAUCACAAACAUCAUGUUCAUGACUUGUUUUUUUCACGUGUUGUAAAAUGUAUGGCUGAAAUGUGUAAUGUCUGUUGUUUCAUACAUAUCAGUCAUAUGGUAUGUGGUCUUAUUGUUACCAGCUGUUUUCUUUUUUUCUUUUAGCUUUUUUAAGCGAUUUCAAAGGAAGUUUCACUGUAAUCAUACAAUUGCACCUUUGUUCACAGUGAAUUUUGUUUCACUGAGGCCUUUGCUGAAUCCAAAUGCCCUUCUAGGGGUCAUUAGUGAAUUUCUCCCUACGCAGUCCUGUUCUGAAAGAAGAGCCUCAUUCUUGAAUGUGUUGACUAGCAAACAGUUUUAAAGUUGGAAGCAAAGGUCACAGAAAAGGAGCAGAUGACACCGGAGAAAGGCGGUAAUGCAAAGGAAAUCUCAGCUUGUCUAGCUUGUGUAACAUUUUUAAAACAUAAGGAAUGUAUGAAGUUGUAUGUCCACCUCACUCUGGUUUAGUUUCUGUGGUGCCAAGAAAGAGCAAGAACAUGUUUUGCACUACAUUUUGCAGAUAGUGACCUGUUGGAUUCCAAGCUUUGAAUGCAAAUAGGCAAGUAAAUCGAGCACUAGCGCAUUAAACUGCAAAAAGAUUAAUCUUACAGUGCAGUAGCUGCCGGUGGAUAUAGGGACAGGUCGUAGGACAACUUUUACGUCACUCCAAAGUAAAUUUGAUAUAGUAACAUGGCUCCUCGUAGUGGUGCAGUGCAGUUGUCAGUGCUGCUGACACUAAAAGUCUCCCUCCUGCAGUGCACCACAGAGUGUCAGAUUAGGACGUUCAAACAAUGCCUGUCAGUUAUUGUAUCAAGUGUCCUUAACCUCAUGUCAUGAGAGGUUGGAUAGUCACACAGCUAAAUAUACCGUUAGAAAAAAGGUCUGAGCUUUAUCUAACCUUAAAUUCAGUUCUAGUCUAUUUUACUCUUGAAGUUGAAGAGUGCCAUAGAAGUCUUUCUCAGGGCAUCACUGGGAAGUCAUUCAAACCUUGGAUUUGCUCUAAUUGCAAUAUACAUAUAGAUUGGGUCAUAUAUCUGGCCUUUCUCCACUUCUGCUUCAGCAAUAUGACUCAGCCAAAUGUUUCUGAGUGUCACUUUUUCCUGCUAACAUUUGGAUUUAUAUUCGCCCUAGUCAUUGUUUCUGACCUCCAGAGCUGUGACUACGGCCUUGGCAGCCACUUCCCUAUUGAGUCACAAGAUGAGCACAUUUAACCUGCGGUCCCCACUCCCUUUCCUGCGUGUUAGCGUCAGCGAAGGACUGAGAUGAGGUCAGUCAGCCAUUUGCGGAGCACCAAAAGGAAGGAAGUUUUCGUGACUAAUACAAAUUCCACUUGGUUACGUGAAAACUGUUAUGCUAGCACUUUAAUUAGUAUCAUGUCAGAAGCAAACCAUUCUCAUCCAGACACUUUAAAUAAUCCUUUUUAUUCAUUCUGUGCAUAUGCGCCAAAAUAGUUUUGCUUUGAAACUUUCUCUGUUAAAUGUUUUUAAAGUACAAAAUAUCAAAAAUGGUCUUCUGUUUUUGUUUUUAUGUUAUGUAUGCCUUAAGUAGUGUAGCGUGUGAGGCCGCAUGAUAAGGGUUUUACUGCAUACAGUGAAUUUUUUUUUUUUUUUUUUCUUCUUGUUUGGACUCUGCUCCUGUCCCCAAAAUACAAGACAGGAUUUCACAACUGAACAGGAAGAACUAUCAACAGAACAAUCUUAUAUACUGUAAAUGGAGGUGAGCUCACCCUCCAGUGUGGGCAUUGUGUGUAGCAGUACACAUCAUUGUACUGUUAAUAUCUGUAAUAUUUCUGAGGUGUGUACAUUGUUGGCCGGUCACAUACCAUUUCAGUUGAAUCCACAAAUCGCAUAAUUCAACAAAAAAAAAAAAAACUGCCAUAAUUGCAUUGACAUCUAAUCUCUACCUAUGUAUAAAGACUUUUUUUAAAAUCCAUGAUUGUAUUUACUAUGUACGAUUAAUUCAUCUCUGUAUUCUGAUGCCUGUAGAUCAGGGAUAUAUGAAAACAGUUCCCUUUUUUCCGGGGGGUUCACAUCCAUUACAUCUUGAAGCGUGAGUUUGUUGAUACUGAACUUGUGUGCAUUAUAGCCAUACAGAAAGCCACCAACUUUAACCCCCUAACAACAGUCAUUGUUGAAUAUAGACUGUAAGCUGGAUGGACAGUUUUAAUCAGCACCGUCUGUAUCACACGUGAUAAGGCCUUUAUUAAUGAAUCGUUGCCAAGUGGACUGAACACUGGCUUUUUAAGCAGGACGUCUGUAACUAUGGACAACUGAACUUUGAUUUCCUAAUGUUCAGACCCUACUUUUGUACCAUUCUGACACGUGAUAAUAAAAUAAACACUUAACACUAAA